AUGAGUGCGAAGAAAGCUGUGUUGCAAUUGAGUGUUCACGAGGAGAGAAUCCGGAAGAAGGUGUUUGUGAAAGUUUCACGAUCUCAAGGGGUUACUUCGAUAACAAUGGAUGACAAAACUGGGAAAAUGACAGUAGUUGGAGAAGUUGAUGUACCGGUUCUCGUGAUGAAGCUAAGGAAACUGUGUAAUGCAGAAAUUGUAUCGGUUGAAGUUGUUAAACCACCUGAGAAAAAGCCUGAACCGGCAAAACCGGCUCCAGCUAAACCUGCUCCACCUAAACCGGCUGAUAUUGUUGCCUUUCCGGUUACCCAUAUGAACUACCCGUACCAAUAUCAAUAUUCCUAUGCGAGUUCGUACUACCAACCAAACGGGAAUUCUAGAGUUGUGGUGGAGGAACCAAAUACUUGUGUGCUUAUGUGA